ACGUAGUUCAGCGGGUUCACUUCGACGCAAACCCCAGUUUGGUGACUUUGGUCCCUUUUCCUUGAACUGAAACCUCUCUGUCUCUCUCGUCAUUUCGGAUUCAAAGAAUGGAUUUCCAGGUCGUAAUUCUCGCCGGCGGCGUCUCUGUGAAUCUCGUCCCUUUAGUCUCCAAGGAUGUUCCUAUGGCGCUGCUUCCGGUGGCUAAUCGUCCCGUGCUCUCUUACGUUCUGGAGCUGCUCGAGAGCAGUAAUCUCAAGGACCUGAUCGUCGUUGUCGAAGGAGAAGAUGCCGCUCUUAAAGUUGGCGGCUGGAUCUCAUCUGCGUAUGUUGAUCGUCUACACGUUGAGGUUGCUGCUGUUCCUGAGGAUGUUGGAACCGCUGGAGCACUUCGGGCAAUUGCGCACCACUUGACUGCAAAAGACAUUUUGAUUUUGAGUGGAGAUAUUGUUUCUGAUAUUUCUCCUGGUGCUGUGGCAGCCACUCAUAGACGACAUGAUGCAGUAGUAACCGCGAUGCUUUGUGCUGCGCCUGUCAGUGGCCCAUCAGAGUCUGGAGCUGCUGGCGGGAAAGAUAAAAACAAAAAACCCGCUCGCUAUGAUAUUACUGGACUUGAUCCCUCUAAACAGUUCUUGUUAUACAUAGCCACAGGCGCUGAGAUUGAGAAAGAUACCCGUGUACAAAAGAGCAUUCUCCGUGCAGCAGGGAAGAUGGAAAUCCGAGCUGAUCUCAUGGAUGCCCAUGUAUAUGCCUUCAAGAGAUCAGUCCUACAGGAAGUCUUGGACCAAAAGCCUGCUUUUCGGAGCCUGAAACAGGAUGUACUCCCAUAUCUUGUUCGGACCCAGCUGAGAUCAGAGGUCUUGAGUGAUACAAAUGUUGAAGAAAACGGGAACGGGAAGAAUAACUCUCAGAACAACCAAGUGAUUUUGUCUCAAAUUCUGUCAAACGCUUCCUCGCCAAGCUUCCAUCAAGUUUAUGCAUCAAGUCUGAAUGGGUUAGAUACUGCUCAGAAAACCCAUAAAUGUUGUGUUUAUAUUGCAGAUGAAAGCAAGUAUUGUGUACUCUUGAAUUCAAUUCAAGCCUUCAUGGACGUAAAUAGAGAUGUCAUUGGUGAGGUGAACCACCUAUCUGGAUACUCUUUUUCUGCUCAUAACAACAUUAUCCACCCAUCAGCCGAGCUUGGGUCAAAAACAACAGUUGGGCCCCACUGUAUGCUGGGAGAAGGCUCACAGAUGGGCGAUAAGUGCAGCGUCAAAAGAUCUGUAAUUGGUAGGCACUGCAGGAUAGGCUCCAAUGUAAAGGUGGUGAAUUCCGUCAUAAUGGACCAUGUCACAAUCGGAGAUGGAUGUUCAAUACAAGGAUCGGUUGUAUGCAGCAAUGGACAGCUUCAGGAGCGUGUUGUAUUAAGAGACUGCCAAGUUGGAGCAGGCUAUGUGGUUUCCACCAGUAGUGAGCACAAGGGAGAGACGUUAGCGAGGAAAUAGAGAACGAGGAAGACAGAUUCUUUUUCGGACGAAGAGGGGAGACAAUGUGCUACGAAGGUAUGAUGGAUGAUAUUGGGGCUAAUACGGGACAACAACAAAGGUUUGGUCUUUAGGUAGGAAUUGCGCAAUGCGUGGAUAUUGAGUUUUGUCAUUUUAUAAACCUUUACGUGAAUCACUGUUUGUUUGUGUGAUGACGAGAAGAACAUGAACGUGAGCAUGAACAUCAUCAUCAUCCAACCUAAAGAGUUUUAUUACAGAACA